AUGGCUGCUCUUGAGAAACAUCCAGACCUGAGGCUCCAGCAGGACAGUCCAUCAGAUCCCAGCACCAGCCAGAGGAGUAAUUUCUUGGAGGCUGACUGGAAGACCCCCAUGCUGUCUGCCAAGUUCCAGAGCCGUGUCAGUCGCUCGUCGAGUGUGGCUGGCAGCAGGGAUGGGGGCAUUGGGACCUCCUGCUCAAACAGCACAGAAGACUUCUGCAGUUCCACUAAUGGUUCCUCAUUCCAGCCCAUCAAAACCCAGGUGACCAUCCCAACAGCCCAUGUUAUGCCUUCUACAUUGGGUGCCUCACCCUCCAAGCUGUGUCCUGCAGGAGACCAGAACUGUUCCCAGGGUCCUUCAAACCCUGCUAUGCCAGGAUCUGCUUCUGAACACGCAGGGCUCAUGAGAAACGGAGAGUUCCAUGCUGGGAAGCCUUCUCAGCUACCCCUCAGGGAUCUGUUACAUCCCUACAGGACUACAGGAGAGAAUGGUCUGGGGCAAGGCUGGCAUCCUGUACCUGAUCACAUGAGAACAGAAGACACUUGGAAGUUUGACACCCCUGCUGUUGAGUGCACCCUUAACCAGUCUCUGUUUCGGGACACUUUGUGCACUGAUCCUCUCCACAGGCUCCAGAGCUUCACUGCAGGCUCUGGGGCAGCAGAGGCAGGGAAGGACCAUUACAAGGUGCUGCCAGAGGGUAAACAAGCAGCUAACGGAGCCUGCCAGCCCCAGGAGGGUGCGUGGCCAAGUGGCAGCAGGCUGAUGCCAACAGGACUCCAGGCCAACAAUUUCUUCCCCAGACCUGUGAGCCCAAGCUCUCGGGGCUGGGGGCAGGAGGGCUGCGCGCUGCAUCCACACGAGAGGGGCUGCGAGCUGAGCUCUUGGAAACAGCAGCUGGAGAAAGUCAGGCUGCAGGUGGAGCAGAUGCAGUUGCAAAAUGGAGGUGCCUGCCACCAUCCCUCCAUGUGUUCUUCCUCACUGCCUGCACCUGAUCCAGCCCAGUGGAUCAACAUCCUGAACUCCAAUGAAAACCUGCUCAAGGAGAAAGAGCUUCUUAUUGACAGACAAAGGCAGCACAUAUCCCAGCUGGAGCAGAAGGUCCGGGAAAGUGAGCUGCAGGUUCACAGUGCCCUGUUUGGCUGCACAGCAUCCUAUGGAGAUGUCUAUAUGUUGAGAAUGCAGGAGCUGCAGCGGGAGAAUGCUUUUCUUCGAGCACAGUUCACAGAGAAGACUGAAUCCCUCAGUAAGGAAAAGAUUGAACUGGAGAGAAAAUUGGCUGCUGCAGAGGUGGAUGCAAAGCUGAUCCGAGAGUCCCUGAAGGAAGCGAUGCAGAAACAUGCAGAGGAGCUAAAGAAACAGGAAGAAAGGGUAAAGGGAAGAGACAAACACAUUAAUAAUCUCAAAAAGAAAUGUCAGAAGGAAUCUGAACAAAACAAGGAGAGGCAGCAGAGAAUCGAGACCCUGGAACGGUACCUGGCUGACUUACCAACUCUGGAGGACCACAAGAAACAGAGUCAGAAGCUGAAGGAAUCUGAAGUGAAGAGUGCUGCUAUGCAGGAAACAGUACUGGCACUGGAAACAGAGCUUGGAGAGGUCAGAGCUGCUUUCAGGGAGCAGGAGAUGCAGCUGGAAAACCAAAAGCAGAAGGAGUUGGAGCUGCUCUCCACAGUGCGCAGCUUGCAGGACAAGGUGCAGCAGUGUGUAAAGAACGCAGAGAGAGGACCCCCUGCCCAGGAUGGGGAGAGACAGAAAAUAGAAAAUGAGUCUCUGAAGAAAGAAUGUGACUGCCUCAGGAAGAUUGUGGACAAAAAACAGAAGAAAAUGGAGCAGUUGUCCUUGCAAAUAAAGAACCUGGAAGAACAGGUGGCCCAGGAGGAGGGGACAAGCCAAGCUCUGAAAGAGGAGGCGAUGAGAAGAGCAAAUGCACUGCAGCAGCUCCAGAGUGCAGUGAAAGAGCUUUCAGUGCAGAACCAGGACCUCAUCGAGAAGAACCUGACCCUGCAGGAGCGCCUGCGGCAGGUGGAGCUGAGCAGCCAGCCACUGCCUGCCGAGACAACCAGCCUGGCCCAGGAGCUGCAGGCAGAGCUGGGCAGCUGUCUGCAGGACCUGCAGGCUGUCUACAGCAUCGUCACUCAGAGGGCUCAGGGCAAGGAUCCCAACCUCUCUCUGCUCCUGGGAAUUCGCUCUGUGCCAUGUUCCACCAAGGAGAAGGACAACUUGAUGAGCCCUGAUGGACUUGCCAAGAAACUGGUGGAGGUAAAACAGCUUCACAAAGAGGUGGAGGACUUGAGGACUGCAAUAUCUGACAGAUAUGCUCAGGACAUGGGAGACAACUGCAUCACCCAGUAA